UCCAUCUCUCUCACUAGUUAUACAAAGCCAUCGCUCUUCCUCUCCGUUCUUUUCUUUCCUUCCCGUUCUCUCUCUCUCCCCCUCCAUCUGAAAUGAAAAGGCCAUUUUCCUUCUCUUUGGUUUUUUCGAUGAUAGAUUAGAGAUUACGCUUAAGAAGCAGACAUUGAUGGGAAAGUACCUAAGGAAGGCCAAAACGGCAGGAGAGAUUGCCGUAAUGGAGGUCUCUCAGUCACUCGGAGUCGGAGUCAGCACCAGAGCCAGGACUCUUGCCCUUCAGCGUCUCCAGAAAUCAUCUCCUCCUCCUUCCGAUGGGGGAUCCUACUUGCAGCUGCGCAGCCGCCGCCUCCAGAAGCCGGCGAUUCCGGUUGACUCGAAGAGGCAAAAACCUAACCCUAGGAGUAAUGCAAACCCGAAUUCGAAUUCCAAGGCUAAGUCCGGGUCGCGUGGAUUGGUUCAAAAGAAAGGGUCGAGUAGGCAAAAUGUGGGUGAGGGGGUUCAAGAAGGGAUUGAUGCUGGUGACGGCAAGGAUUUGGGUGCCGAGGCUUCGUUUGGAGAGAAUCGUUUGGAGAUCGAAGGUAGAGAAAGGAACAGUACUAGGGAAUCCAGUCCAUGCAGUUUGAUUAGGGACCCAGAUGCUAUUCGAACCCCUGGAUCCAGUACUAGGCCCACCAGCUCAACAGAAGCCAACAGGAGAAUGCAGAACUCAAUAAGUAGACAGAUCCCAACAGCACAUGAUAUGGACGACUUCUUUUCUGGAGCAGAAGAAGAGCAGCAAAAACAAUUUAUUGAGAAGUACAACUUUGAUCCAGUUAAUGACAAACCACUCCCGGGACGAUAUGAAUGGAAAAAAUUGGAUCCAUAGAAGACGUUAAUUGGCUUCAUCAGGAUUUCCUGCGAAUUCUGGUCCGGGUUGAUCUUGAUAUUGAAGUUGGGGAUCUAAUUAUAGUUGUAACUGUGAUGGUGGUUUUAUUUCCAUUUCCCAUCACACUCUGGUUUUACUUGUAAAGAAAAUGGGUAGGAAAAGGAAAGGGUAGACUAAUGGUCUGUAACAUAACAGAGGUUAGUUACUAAACAAAAUACAAAUCAGAAGUCCUUUGUCUUAACAGAUCAUCAUCAUCAUCAUGUCUGAGUGGGGAAGGGAAAGAGACUGUUAGGUGAUAAGUAGUGUUAGGGGGUUUCUUCUAUCCGGUUAGGUCAGGGUAGCUGGUACAGUAAUUUAACUAGAUCUUCAUCUUUGGUACUGUAUUUUCCCUUAACUUUUCUGUCUAUAUUUGUACUGAUGCUUAGGAAUAAAGACAUGACUUCUCUUUCCCCCCUCUAAA